AUGAUCUCGCAAGUUGGUAGUACACCAUUUAUUAUGGAUUUGAGGAGGCAGGGGAGUCGUGUGAAGGGUAUGAGUGGAAUUAUUUGUAAGGUUGUGCUGAAGAGGUUUUGGGAUGGUCCGCAGGUUGACUUUAGUGAUAAAGUCAGAUUUGUUCCUGGGGAUCACAGUUAA